GUGCCAAAAAUGUGAAGCAGUGGUUGUUUACUCAGGCGGCAAGCUUCUUUGACGAUGGCAUACAAAAGCAGGUCUCAAGAUACGAUAAAUGCCUCAAUUGUAAUGGGAAUUACGUAGGAAAGUAGAGUAAAAUAUGGCCUUUCAAGUGAAUAAAUUAUUUUUGGACAAAAUUUACUUGUUGUUCUUUUAGGUCAAAACGGUACUUACUUUAAAAACACGCCUCGUACAUAAAAUAAGGGUCAUGUCUUGAGAUAAGAAUUCAAGUGUUUGUCAAAUAAUGUUUCGUAAAUCUAUUUACAUUAUAAGGCGCGAAUUACACUGAAAAGGCGUAAGGUGAAGGCGCGGCGCAGACGCAGAGCAGGCGUGGCACAGAUAAGGCACGGAUGCGAUUUAAAUUAUAUCAAAGAGGCGAAGAGAUGGCACAACAAGUCAUUACAUAGGGUGACUUUAUCGUGAUAGCAUGUCUUCCUCUUCAGACGACGAAGAUGCGUUGGCUUUGCUGCAACUCAUUAAUGUGCAGAGACACCGAAGAUAUUGGGUGCACCCUGUGUGGAGAAUGUCACAAGAGCAUAGAUAUUUUAAAAUGAUGGAAAAAUUAUGCGAAUAUCCUGAUCGUUUUCCUACAGUGUAUAAAAUGUCACUAGAAUGUUUCCACAUUGUAUUGUCGAAAGUGAGACACGGUCUUCAGAAGAAGCAUACAAAUUGGAGAGAACCGAUCUGUCCUGAAGAAAGACUAUUGAUAACAUUAAGGGUGAAGUAUUCGUGCGCUGUCUUAUUAACAUCACUUCUACGAAUCUGUUUAUUUUUUGGUGGCGGCUGUGUAUGUUGUGGCGUGAUAAAAUCAGUCGCCUGCCGUUCACCUGCAGAUACUAUGCAGAUGGAUGUUCGUUUAAAUCGCUUUCUACAUAUGUUCAGAGAGGCAGCACUACCGUUCAAAAAAUCGUACAAGAAACUUCACGUGUACUGUGGGAAUAUUUACAGCCGGAAUAUAUGCCAAUACCUACAACACAAAAAUGGCUUGAAGUUGCUCAACGUUUUUACACUUUAUGGAAUUUACCAAAUUGAGUAGGAAGUAUAGACGGAAAGCAUAUAAGAAUUAAAGCACCCAAAAAUUCUGGCUCAGCUUACAUAAACUAUAAAGGAUAUUUCUCUAUCGUAUUGAUGGCAGUAGUAGAUGCAGAUGGAAUGUUUUUAAUUAUAGAUGUCGGCGAAUAUGGCCGAAACAGUGACGGGCGUGCAUUCCAAGUUAGUUACUUUGGGCAAGCUAUGGAACAAGGAAACCUCAAUUUACCACACCCUACUCCAUUGCCUGGAGAAACGAAUAUGGUGCCCUAUUAUUUUAUUGCUGAUGAAGCUUUUCCUCUGAAGAAAAACUUAAUGAAACCGUAUGGCCGAAAUCAGUUAACAAAUGAGAGAAGAGCAUUUAAUAACAGAUUGUCAAGGGCACGAAAAUCAGUGGAAUGUGCCUUUGGUAUGAUAAGGACUAAAUUUAGCGUCCUUAGCACAUCUGUUUGCUGCGAUCCAGAAAAUGCCGAUAGCAUUAUAAAAGCUAUGAGCGUUUUGCAUAAUGUUAUCCGCAAAUAUGAUGGGAAACUCGUGGUUCCACGUUUUAAUAACAGUUUAAUAGGAACAAACAUCAACGUGCAACAAACAAGGGAAGAUCCUAAAAUCAUCAGAGAAUAUCUUACAACAUACAUGACAACUCGAUCUCCGAUUCCAUUUCAAAAUAGACAUAAUUAAUAAAUAAAAAUAAAGUACUUACCUGUUGCACCUGGUUUUAAUCCUAUUUCUCUCCAUAUUUUGUCUUGUAUAUUUUUAUUAGAGUACUCCGGCUUAUUAUAAUCGUAAAGAGCUGGAUAUUGUUCAACUAUCUCGCAGAACUGUAAGUUAAAUUCACUAUCGUCACGCAUUUUUGCUCCUCCUGUAUAACAAACAACGUAUUGCUUGCGCAGCACUCCAGUCGCGACUGCUAGCGACGCGGAACAGGUGACGAAACGACGUGCCUGCGCCACGCCGCUUGAGUAUAAUUCACAACGUGUCGCCUACCUACAUUUUGUAUUGAAAACCUUUGAAGCGCCAAGAUGCCUGCGCCGCGCCUUCACCUUACGCCUUUUCAGUGUAAUUCGCGCCUAAGAGCAGCGGAAAUGGAUGGGAAGGUGU